CGGCAGUACCUGGGAUUGCCGACUAGUUGGUUGGUGUUAAGGGAAAUGUGACUGCUGAUUUUGUUGAAAAGGGUACGGGUAGCUGUGUGAAUGCUUACGGAUGUUGUAACCCGAUUUUUGUUGCCUACAUGUGAUAAUCUUGUCACGCCAAAUUCUGGAACAUAAGCACGUGCCAAGAAGGGGACACCGAAAGGCUGACUACAGGCUUGCUUUCUGAAGGCGAGGAUGUCGCAGGACAGCCAGAUGGACGGCGAGGCCGCGCUGGACAGUCAGACCGCGGUGUUCGCCGUGCCAGGGGACUGCCUAUGUGCCGUGGACGCCAGCCACGCGCCGGGCAAGGGAACCUGCGAACGGUCCGGCUACAUCUACUCCUGUCUGGUGGGACGCGUGCACAGGGUGCUGCAGGACGACAAGACGGAGCUGGUGGAGGUGCGCACCGGUCAGGAGCAGGGCUGCGUGCCCACCGCCGGCUCGGUGGUCACCGCCCGGGUGACGUACGUGAACCCACGCUUCUGCCGCUGCGAGAUCCUCUGCAUUGGCGAGACUGUGUUGAAGCACAAGUUCCGCGGCCUCCUGAAGAAGGAGGACGUGCGCGCCACCGAGCGGGACAAGGUCAAGCUAUACGAGUGCUUCCGGCCAGGGGACGUGAUCCUGGCCAAGGUGGUGUCGCUGGGAGACGCGCUCUCCUACGUGCUGUCGACGGCCGAGAACGAGCUGGGCGUGGCGCUGGCGUACAGCGAGGCUGGCCAUCCGAUGGUGCCCGUCAGCUGGACAGAGAUGGCGUGCCCGGCCACGCAGACGCGCGAGCUGCGCAAGGUGGCCAAGAUCCCGCCCGAGGAUGUAGCGUUCCGCGUGGCGCGCUCGGCGGCCGCCGGCGCGACGGUCGGCUGAGGGGGCCGUCCGCUGCCGUCCGCCGCCGCCCCUCAUACUUCACCCGUUCGCUCGCAUACGCCC